AUGAGUUUCGAUGUUGAAGAAGACUCGAUUCCUGCAGUACGUGGAUGGGUGACAAAGCAAGGUGGAGGACAUAAGAGUUGGAAGAAGAGAUGGUUUCAGACCACUCCCCGUAAUCCAUUUCGACUCGACUAUUAUACCAAUGACUCCUGCACAACACUUAAAGGUCACAUAGAUAUGUCUCAAGUGACUGAUAUGAUAACAACUAGAAACAAAGAUAAAGAUGGAUCAAUGCGUUAUGGUUUCCAAUUAGUCACUGAAAAACGUACUUGGAAAUUAAUAGUCGACGGCGAAGAAGAAGGAGAAUACUGGCGUGAAAAUUUCCGGAAACUUAUUAACCAAGUCAGAAAAUCAAAAGGACUCCCCCCUUUGGAAAGAAAAAAACACUCCAAACAUCACGAACAUAAAGAUAAAAAAGAAAAGGAAAAAGCUAAGGCAGAACCAGUUUCGACUCCUCGUGACGGGUUCGACACAGCUCCAUUACCUCCUCAAAUACAAACAACACCAAUUGCUGCGCCCCCUCCCCCUCCAACUUCACAAUUCUCUGUUGCUGCUCCUCCACCCCCUGCUAGAAAUAGUGUCGCAACAUCGGCUCCACCACCCCCACCUGUUCAACAAAGAGGAUACGCUACUGUCUCAGUUCAACAACAAGCACCACCACCACCCCCUGUACAACAAAGAGGUGGUGCAUUCGCAGCAGCUCCGAUCAAUCAAAAAGUGCAAGAAGAAGAGGAAUAUUAUGAUGAACAGGGCGAAGAACAAUACCCCGAAGAUCAACAGUACGUUGAGGGAGAAGGCGAAGAAGAGUAUGAAGACGACAACAUCGGAGAUGACGAAAUAUUUGACAACGAUAUAAGAAAGUGUACACCCCCAGAGAAGUACGCGGUAGCAUUACAUGACUAUGAAGCGUCAGCAGAGACUGAACUGAGUAUUCAAAGAGGUCAAAAACUUAUUGUGUUUGAUGACCAAGACCCUGAGGGAUGGCUCGGUGCUGAAACGAAGGAUGGGACAAGAGGGUGGGUCUCUGCUCACUUCGUUAAAUUCAUCUAA